AUGGUGCUGGGAUGUGAUCAGAAACUUCAUGUGUUUGUGUCAGGCUCCUAUGUGCAGCACAAGUGGCUAGAGUCAGAUUUGGGACAGUAUGGUGAACCUUGCAGAGCAGUGGUGUUGCACCUCCAGAUUGUCCAGAGCGUCACAUCACACCAGGCUCUAGACUUGAAGGGUGCUGCUCAUCUCCAACACUUCAACAACAGCACUGAGGAUCUACAAUAUGAGAUCCGACAGCUGAAGAGAGUUCUUGAAAGAAGGAAAACAAUUCCCAUAAUUCCCAGCUACCUGUACAACCUGGAUGAGUCAACAGAUGUAGCGCUGAGGAACAACACCCUGUCACAGCAGGAUCCUCCCGGAUCCUUCCACAGCAUUGUGUCCUUAUACGACAACACUGUCAGGUUGUCAGGCUCCAACACCACAGCCAAGUCUACUGAGCUGGUCCCUCCAACCCCUGCUGCUGCAGCGCUACCACAGAACUCCUCUGACUGUCCCCAGUCCACCAGCAAGCUGCUGAAUGAAAAUGUCAAAGUGGGAAUGCUGUUUGCUUCCAAGGCCACUGUGCAGCUCCUGACCAACCCCUUCAUAGGGCCACUCACUAACAGAAUAGGAUACCAACUUCCUAUAUUCAUCGGCUUCUGUAUCAUGUUCUUAUCAACUAUCAUGUUUGCUUUCUCGUCGAGCUACGCUCUGCUGUUUCUGGCCAGAUCGCUUCAAGGUGUGGGCUCCUCCUGCUCCUCUGUGGCAGGGAUGGGAAUGCUUGCUAGUGUGUACACAGAUGAUGAGGAGAGAGGCCACGCCAUCGGGAUCGCCUUGGGAGGUCUGGCAUUAGGAGUGUUAGUUGGACCCCCAUUUGGCAGUGUGAUGUACGAGUUUGUUGGGAAGACUGCUCCUUUCCUUAUUUUGGCUUUCCUGGCUGUGUUUGACGGAGCUCUACAGCUCUUUGUUCUUCAGCCCACCAAGGUGGAACCAGAGAGCCAGAAGGGGACCCCGCUGCUGACACUAAUGAAGGAUCCAUACAUUCUAAUCGCAGCUGGUGCCAUUUGUUUUGGAAAUAUGGCUAUUGCCAUGAUGGAGCCAACGCUGCCAAUCUGGAUGAUGGAGACCAUGUGUGCCAGGAAAUGGCAGCUAGGCGUCGCUUUCUUGCCAGCGUCCAUCUCCUACCUUAUUGGAACCAACAUCUUCGGCACAUUGGCGCACAAGAUGGGGAGAUGGCUUUGUGCUCUCAUUGGAAUGAUGGUGGUUGGAAUGAGUGUAAUAUGUGUCCCAUUUGCCAAAGACAUCUAUGGUCUGAUUCUUCCAAACUUUGGCGUUGGUUUUGCUAUUGGAAUGGUGGAUUCCUCUAUGAUGCCAAUAAUGGGUUACUUGGUGGACCUGCGGCAUGUGUCUGUUUAUGGAAGUGUGUAUGCCAUUGCUGAUGUGGCUUUCUGCAUGGGCUUCGCUUUAGGUCCAUCUAUCGGAGGGUCCAUAGCUGAGAGUAUCGGCUUCCCCUGGCUGAUGACCAUGAUCGGAGUCGUGGAUAUUUUCUUUGCUCCUCUCUGUCUCUUCCUCAGAAAUCCACCAGGACAAGAAGAGAAAAUUGCCAUUUUGAUGGACACCAACUGUUCAAUGAAGACAAGGUCCUACUCCACACAGGGGACGUACUACCAGGGUGAAAACAUGGAUCCAGAAUAUGAUGAUUAUGAUUAACAGGACAUCAGCCAUGCAGGUUAACCCUUCAGAGGAUCUAUUUUGUUGUACAAAAAAAGAAGGAACACAGAAGAAAACAACAAAGAAACAAAACAGCCAAGAUAUUUCUAUGUGAAUGUCCUGCGUUCAGUCCUCACUGUUCAGUGUCCUCUUAGCAGUUGUACUGGAGCAAAACCAAAGUUGUUCUUGAUCUGUGGUUGCAAGUGUAUUGUGUGAGAGAUAUUUUUUUAGCCAACAGCCUUAUUAAGUAGAGAGAUAGAGUAGGAGGGUGAAAUGAGUACGCUUUGCUGGUUUGUUUUGAAUACAGAUGUGUCUUAAUCCAUGUGUUGGCCAUUAAGUGUUAUCUACUGUAUGUCAGCGAUACUGUCCGCAGUAUUAUUCACAGAAUUUGAAGUGCAAGUUGGUAUUAUAAUGGGUGAUUGUGUGGCAUGUUUAGGAACUGAUGUAUGUCAAAAUCCAGGAAGAUUGCUCAGUCUGUUUGCAUUGAUAGAACUCUAAAAGUACAAACCAGAGGCCUCCCCCAGUCCAACUGUAGAGGCCAAGCUACCCAGAUAGAUCAACACAUCUGACCUGCUGAAGAAAGUGAAGUGAAACCUAUUCUAGAUGAGAUCAUCCCAAUAUGAACACAAACUGUAUGUUUUUUGCAUCUUGGCAA